AGCGAGUCGAGAUUGGACUGUGACAGGGUACGGUGCGUGCCGGUGAAUGGAUUUCGUGCAGGUAUCUUGAGCAUUUUUACAACAAGAGGAAACGGAGGAAAGUGGCCGCAAAUAUGCCUGACACGGCGAUAACGUGGCUGGGCCUCAUCGUCUUGGCGUAUGUGUACGUGGUGGGCGAGCUGAGCCACUUCCUGCUGGGCAUCGUGUCGCGCCCCAUGAGCCAGGACCUGCACUACGGCGACCGCGCCUGCCUGUCCAACCCAGAGGCGCCGCACCAGUCGAGAAUCUGCAUUACGGCGACCAAUGCCACGGCUUGCCUGGCAUUAGAACCGCAAGGAAAUAUAUCCUCUUGCACGUGGGACUACUCUGGCUUGGGACUCCAGUACCAAGUCCUCGCAGGCCCCGCCUUCGUCGCCGUCUUCACAACUGCCGGUGUCAUCAUUGGCGUCAUUGCAGACAAGUUUAACCGGAAGAUAGUGGUAACAAUAUGCUGUGCUGUGCUUACUGUCGCCACAGGGCUAACUGGUGCAGCAAUGUCAUAUUGGCAACUUGUUAUUCUGAGGAUGGUUAUGGGUGCUGGAGAGUCUGGUUUCUCGCCGGCGUGUAGCAGUAUGAUCUCUGAUAUGUUUCCAGAGUCGAAGCGUGCUCUUGCUCUGGGAAUUUUCAACUGGGGCAUCUACUUCGGGUACGGCCUCUCCUACGCCGUGGGAAAUUUCAUCACCGCUGCGGACAUUGCUGGCAUGGGCUGGCGGUGGUCGUAUAUUGUAACAGGAGGAAUGGGCAUCGUUGCUACUCUGUGUUUGAUAUUUGUAGUUAAGGAACCUCAAAGGAACAGUCAAUUUGAAAACGAAUACAUCACUGAUAAACAAGGAAAAGACGAUGCUGAGAGUGAAAAUGAGAUGUGCAAUACCGAAUUUACAAAGAAAACUGGUGAUUCUGAUAGUGUGGUUGCCUCCCCAAGCGGAAGCGCUGCAAGGGAAGGCUUGGUCGGGGGCAAAACGGGCCUGAAAGAGGUGCUUAAAUCCCUUGUUCGGCCGGCCAUGAUGGUGCUCGCCUUCGCUGCCUGCAUUAGACACACAGCUGGUUUUUCCUGGGCGUACAACACGCAGCUCUAUUUCCUUACGUACUACCCAGACUUCAACCUGGGUCUGUGGGUCACGGGAGCUUCCAUUAUCGGGGGCUCAUUGGGCGUGGCGGUGGGCGGCUUCGUUUCGGACAGACUGGUGAAGCGCAUUGGUCUGCGUGCCAGGCUUUAUGUCUUAGCCGGAAGUCAACUUUUCGCAAUGCCAUUUGCUGCCGGUGUACUCUACUUCCCUCCUCCUACUGCCUUCUUCAUGCUCCUUGGAGCUUAUAUAUUCGCUGAGAUGUGGUUUGGUGUCUUGUUUGCUGUCCUGCUAGAACUAGUUCCUGGUACAGUUCAGUCGACGGCCCUGGCAGCGUUCCUCUUUGUUAUGAACAAUGUAGGGGGCAACUUGCCUGUAGUGGUGGAUCCCCUCUCUCAUCUGCUGUCCUACCGUGCUGCUCUUUACAUAAUGUACCCAGGGGGCUAUUUAGCAAGCGCAGUUUUCUUCUUCCUGACUAGUUUCCUGAUAUGAAGAACAUCCUGAUUUCAACAAUAGUAAUGUAGUAAAUAAUAGUGUUAAUACCUGAUCCUUUUAAGGCAUUAAUAUAUUUUGUUUGUUA